UUCCGGAUUUGCCUCGACGUCCAUAACUACAUCCAUAUUUCCCUCUUGAUUUGCAUCACUUCCCCUUGGAGAGAAGAUUUAAAAUGGGACCGCUAUAUAAGUGUGUGGAUCUAGGCUUUGCGUAACAGAGUAUGCACAUCCAUGUUCAAAUGAGCAUCAUCACGGGCACAACCUUGCCCCUCAUUUAUGGGCAUGAUUUAUGUUGUAAUUGGAAACAUAUGGAAGUUUUUAUUUUAUUUUAACCUCUUUUUUAUGCCAUCAUCGCGAUACUUCCUUUUGGUUUGUUAGAAGGUACAUUGGAUAUAAGGCUUGGAUGAAUAUUACCUGCAGGUUUGGGGACCAAGCCUAUCGUGCCGGGGUUCAGAAUUUCUUGGCCUAGCUCAAAGCCACUCAUCUGGAAGCAAUCUUAUUUGAAAUUUUGAGAUUACUGUACAAUGGUUUUCUGAUAUAUGAACCUGAGAAAGCAGUGCAUGAUGUGGGUUGGAUUUAGGAGAUCUUAUUGAUUUUGGAACCGGCAAGUUAAAAACUAGAACCAUGCAGCAGCGGAAACACUAGUUUUUGGUAGUGCUUAGGUGCGAAGAUCUCUGCCCAUGGGCUAUAGAGAAACCUCACGAUCACUUGGCAUGUAUAUACACCCCCGUCAUGAUUAGCACAUUGUUUAUUGAGCUUUUCACAAAAUAUCAAGGGCGGGCUGAAAAUAUGGUAGUGUUGAGUCGACCGUGUCAUGGUGUACUUGUUUGGUUUGUGGUGUUGUUUAAUGUUACACAUGAUACGUGCCUAGAAGCUAGACCAAGCCUUAGAAAUAUGACGCAUAUCAUAGCAAAUAGUUUGGAAAUAGCUUAAAAAUAAACAAACUAUGGGCCGGGAUAAAAUGUCAGUUGUAAACAAUGUACAGUUAUGCAUCCUUAAAAUUUAGGUGUGAGAAACUGAAAUAGAAAUUAAUAAUGAUGGCCUGCAUGACCACAGACAUUCAAAUUUGAGGACAUAUGAAAAGGCAAUUGUGAAGUGAAUUUUAGAAACAGAUGUGUUACUUAGAGAUGAAGACAUGUUACUCGGAGGGGGUCGAGUGAGGUCAUGUUCUUUUACAUAUAAUUUAGAGUAAUCUUGUUGACAUCGUUCGGAAAAAGACAUGAACUAUGAAGACCGUAGCUAGCUUUUUUGUUUUUAUAAUGUAUAGAUGUUGCAAUGGCAGUAUUAGUACGAGUUAGAUCAGAUGACAUUGAGGAUGGUACGUAGCCGUGGAGGACAUAGCAGAAACACUGGAAGAGGAUAUCAAAUAGGAGUAGCAGGGGGUCCAGAGAGUGAAGUUCCAUAUGCAUUGCCUACAAGACGCUUAUAUGGUCGAAAUAGUUCGGUUUCAAUGGCAUCAUCAGAUACGGAUGAAGACCUGAGGCAGUCUCCGUCUGUUGUAAGGAAGAGUGAUGGUGAGGAGCCUGGAAGUCAUGAUGAGGCAACGUCACACGAGAGUUACACGAGAUUGAAACAACUGAGCCAGAAUAAAAAGAAUCGAGACACCGCGCUCAAACCUGCAUGUAUCAGAAUCAAAGUCCUUUCUAAGGCUCAUCCAAGAGAACGUAAGGGUCGCAUGCAGCGUGAAAGAGAGAGAUCGUAGCAGAAUCGUCAUGAUCUACAUCUAUUCCAAAAUGAACAAGAUAGUGUCUCUAUGGAAAGAGAGAGCCGGGCGAAACCUCCAAGGAAGUUGCGAAGAAUGUGUUCAAAGAGGUACUAGGGCAACGGUCUUGGCACAUAUAUGCAUAGCAAGUCGUUGGUAAUAUCAAUAAAAUCCUGUUCUUCCUAUC